AUGACGAAGGGUACAUCAAGCUUCGGUAAACGCCGAAAUAAGACACAUACAUUGUGUAGAAGAUGUGGAAGAUCCUCAUAUCACAUCCAAAAAUCUAAAUGUGCCCAAUGUGGAUAUCCUGCAGCGAAAUUGCGGUCUUAUCACUGGUCAGUGAAAGCUAAGCGCAGGAAGACCACAGGCACUGGCCGCAUGCGUCAUCUUAAAAUUGUCAGACGGCGAUUCAGGAACGGUUUUAAGGAAGGCAAACCCACACCUAAGAAAGCAGUUGCUUCCUCA